AUGACUAUCCUCAAGUAUUUUACCUUUCUUAACAAUAGGUGGAAGCGGCUUGAUCACCUUCAGAAUUACAAGCCUAUCUGUCCCAUUGAUUCUACUAGUUACCAGAAGUUUGUGGAGCAGGAGGGGGUCUUCAAGUUCUUGGAAGGCCUGAAUAUGGAGUAUGAUCCGGUUCGGAGCAGAGUACUUGGCAUGGACGUGCUUUCUUCUCUCCAAGAAGGCUUCGCUUUUGUGCAGAAUGAGGAGAGUUGCCGUUCUGCAAUGCUUUCUUCUGCCAUUACCAAUCGCUCUGUCUUGGUUUUUAUACCCCCUCGAGAUGGAGAGCGUGUGCCUCAUGGUUCUCGUCCUUCGUUUGAGAAGGAUAAUCUCUUCUGUGACUAUUGUAGUAGACCUAGAAACACACGAGAGACUUGCUGGAAGCUGCAUGGGCAAGGUUUUAAAAAGCGGCCACAACUGUUACGUAAUGGUUGUGGUGGUUACCGCCACCCGUUACAGCCGCUAUAG